AGCCCUGCUCUCAGUGCUGCUGCAGACAGUGUUUGUCAAGGGACAAAUAACAAGCUGACCCAGCUGGGACAUGUGGAAGACCAUUUCACCAGCCUGCAGAGGAUGUACAACAACUGCGAGGUGGUACUGAGCAACCUGGAGAUUACAUACGUGGAGCACAAUCGUGACCUCUCAUUCCUGAAGACGAUACAGGAGGUUGCAGGCUACGUGCUCAUCGCGCUUAACAUGGUGGAUGUCAUCCCCCUAGAAAACCUCCAGAUCAUCCGAGGCAAUGUGCUGUAUGACAACUCUUAUGCCCUGGCAGUUUUAUCAAAUUACCACAUGAAUAAAACCCAAGGACUCCGAGAGCUGCCAAUGAAACGGCUAUCAGAAAUUCUCAAUGGAGGUGUUAAAAUCAGCAACAACCCCAAACUGUGCAACAUGGACACUGUUCUCUGGAAUGACAUCAUUGACACGAGCAAGAAGCCUCUCACAGUGCUUGAAUUUGCAAGCAACCUAUCUUCUUGUCCCAAAUGCCAUCCAAACUGCACCGAAGACCACUGCUGGGGCCCUGGUGAACAGAACUGCCAGACAUUAACGAAAGUCAUCUGUGCCCAGCAGUGCUCUGGUCGGUGCCGGGGAAAGGUGCCCAGUGACUGCUGCCACAACCAGUGUGCUGCGGGGUGCACAGGGCCUCGGGAGAGCGACUGCCUGGCAUGCCGCAAGUUUCGGGAUGAUGCUACAUGCAAGGACACGUGUCCCCCAUUGGUCCUGUAUAACCCCACCACCUAUCAGAUGGAUGUCAACCCCGAUGGAAAAUACAGCUUUGGAGCCACUUGUGUGAGGGAAUGUCCACACAACUACGUGGUGACAGACCAUGGCUCCUGCGUUCGCUCGUGCAAUACUGAUACUUACGAAGUGGAAGAAAAUGGUGUUCGAAAGUGUAAAAAGUGUGAUGGGCUAUGCAGCAAAGUGUGCAACGGCAUUGGAAUAGGUGAACUUAAAGGGAUCCUCUCCAUAAACGCCACGAACAUCGACUCCUUCAAAAACUGUACGAAGAUCAAUGGGGAUGUCAGCAUUCUACCAGUUGCAUUUCUAGGUGAUGCCUUCACAAAGACCCUACCCUUGGACCCCAAGAAGUUGGAUGUCUUCAAAACAGUCAAAGAAAUAUCAGGAUUUUUGUUGAUUCAGGCCUGGCCCGAUAAUGCUACUGAUCUCUAUGCUUUCGAAAAUCUGGAGAUUAUACGAGGCAGAACCAAGCAACAUGGCCAGUAUUCCCUUGCCGUUGUUAGCUUGAAAAUACAGUCAUUGGGGCUGCGAUCCCUCAAGGAAAUAAGUGACGGAGAUGUUGCCAUUAUGAAGAACAAGAACCUCUGCUAUGCUGACACCAUGGACUGGCGCAGCCUGUUUGCAACUCAGAGCCAGAAAACAAAGAUUAUACAGAACAGAAAUAAAAAUGAGUGUGCUGCUGCCAGGCAUGUGUGUGACCCCCUGUGCUCAGACGUGGGCUGCUGGGGCCCCGCUGUGAAACAGUGCAAUAUCCUGCAAGGGGAGCCAAGAGAGUUUGAAAGGGACUCCAAGUGCCUCCCCUGCCACCCUGAAUGCCUGGUGCAAAACUCUACCAUGUACAACGCAACCUGCACUGGACCUGGCCCUGACAACUGCAUGAAGUGUGCCCAUUUUAUAGACGGCCCGCACUGUGUGAAAUCCUGCCCGGCUGGGGUUCUGGGCGAGAACGACACCCUUGUCUGGAAAUAUGCUGACGGGAAUGCUGUUUGCCAGCUCUGCCAUCCAAACUGUACCCGGGGGUGCAAAGGGCCAGGUCUUGAAGGCUGUCCAAACGGCUCCAAAAUACCAUCUAUUGCAGCUGGCGUCGUUGGAGGUCUCCUGUGCCUGGUGGUGGUUGGCUUGGGCAUUGGCCUUUACUUGCGGAGGCGCCACAUUGUCAGAAAGCGGACCCUGCGCCGGCUGCUGCAGGAGAGGGAGCUUGUCGAACCACUGACACCCAGCGGGGAGGCACCAAAUCAGGCUCAUCUGAGAAUUUUAAAGGAAACAGAAUUUAAAAAGGUCAAAGUUUUAGGCUCUGGAGCUUUUGGCACUGUUUAUAAGGGACUUUGGAUCCCAGAAGGGGAGAAGGUUAAAAUUCCUGUCGCUAUUAAAGAAUUGAGAGAGGCUACAUCACCAAAAGCCAACAAGGAAAUACUUGAUGAAGCUUAUGUGAUGGCUAGUGUUGACAACCCUCAUGUGUGCCGCUUGUUGGGCAUCUGCCUCACUUCUACUGUUCAGCUCAUCACACAGCUGAUGCCUUAUGGCUGCCUCCUUGAUUACAUCCGCGAGCACAAGGACAACAUUGGCUCCCAGUACCUUCUCAACUGGUGUGUUCAGAUUGCAAAGGGAAUGAACUACUUGGAGGAGCGUCGCCUGGUGCACCGUGACCUUGCUGCCAGGAACGUCCUCGUUAAGACUCCUCAACACGUGAAAAUCACGGACUUUGGGCUGGCAAAGCUGCUCGGCGCUGAUGAGAAGGAGUAUCAUGCUGAGGGAGGCAAGGUUCCUAUUAAAUGGAUGGCCUUGGAGUCAAUUUUACACCGGAUUUACACUCAUCAAAGUGAUGUCUGGAGUUAUGGUGUGACAGUUUGGGAGCUGAUGACAUUUGGGUCCAAGCCAUACGACGGGAUCCCUGCCAGUGAAAUCUCCUCUGUCUUGGAGAAGGGCGAGCGUUUGCCCCAGCCCCCCAUCUGUACCAUCGAUGUGUACAUGAUCAUGGUCAAAUGCUGGAUGAUCGAUGCAGACAGUCGUCCCAAGUUUCGCGAACUGAUAGCGGAGUUCUCAAAAAUGGCCCGUGACCCCCAACGCUAUCUUGUUAUACAGGGAGACGAUAGGAUGCACCUGCCCAGCCCGACGGACUCCAAGUUUUAUCGCACCCUGAUGGAGGAGGAGGACAUGGAAGAUAUAGUGGACGCAGAUGAGUAUCUCGUGCCACACCAGGGCUUCUUCAACAGCCCCUCCACAUCCCGCACUCCUCUCUUGAGCUCAUUGAGUGCUACUAGCAACAAUUCUGCUACAACCUGCAUUGACAGAAACGGGCAGGGGCACCCUGUGAGGGAAGACAGCUUUGUCCAGAGGUAUAGCUCAGACCCAACGGGCGCUUUCUUGGAGGACAGCAUAGACGACAGCUUCCUGCCAGCCCCAGAGUAUGUAAACCAGUUGGUGCCCAAGAAAGUAUCUGCCUCAGCAGUCCAGAAUCCAAUCUACAACAACUUUUCACUCACAGCAAACUCAAAGGUCCCCACAGACUCCAGCUACCAGAAUUCACACAGCACAGCUGUGGACAACCCCGAGUAUCUCAACACCAACCAAUCUCCGCUGGCCAAGACAGUCUUUGAGAGCUCUCCUUACUGGAUCCAGGCGGGCAACCAUCAAAUAAAUCUAGACAAUCCUGACUACCAGCAGGACUUCUUACCGAAGGAAACCAAACCUAAUGGUCUCUUGAAAGUUCCUGCGGCAGAGAACCCAGAGUACUUGAGGGUAGCAGCACCAAAAAGUGAAUACAUUGAAGCCUCAGCAUGA